GAGCAUCUGAGGCGGAUUCUAAGGGGUCAGGCAUCAAUCUUUGACUGGUCGAGAUCAACUUCAUUAGCUAGAACUUUAUCUCCACGAGUUUUGGAAAGUCAAAUUGACGCCAAGAAGGAAUUGGAGAAAAACCUGAAAACUACUUGUGAGGAAUUCAUUAUGUCAGUGACUAAGUUAGUUGUGGAACCAUUGCUUUCUUUUGUGACAAAGGUUACGGCUGUUAAAGUUGCAUUAUCUGGUAAUCAAAAUCAAAAAGUGGAGUCUGGGAUUGCAAAGCCGCUCAAGGAUCAUGCUUUUGCUUCACCAGAAAAGAUUGCAGAGCUUCUUCAGAAGGCCAGCACAGCAAUAGAUGAAGAUUUGCCUAGGGUACUGGCAAAAAUGAGGCUUUAUCUGCAGAAUUCAUCGACACGUGCAAUACUUUUCAAACCCAUUAAGACUAAUAUAUUGGAAGCACACGUGCAAGUGCUGUCCCUUCUGAAAAAAGAAUAUACACCUGAGGAUAGACAAAACUUUGUCAACAUGAUUUCAGUGCAGGAUUUGGAAGCUAAACUAGAUAAGUUUCUAUAAAUGAGCUUCUGCUAUAGAAACUCAUCAUUUAGUGCUUAUGUAAGGCUUCUAUGAUGAGCUCCCAAAGCAUUGCUUUAUUCAACUCCCGACUUCUGUGAUACCAAAUUUAUUGUGGAGGUUCCAGGAACUUUUUGGCAUGGUGGAAGGGUUUAAUGCUAGUGCAAUUUAUACAGCGAUCCUACGGUGAUUAUAGAUCAUACAUGUAAAGCCUUACUGAAGGUACAACUUAAAGAGUUGGCUUGGGAUUUGUCAUCAGAAGAAGAAUUUCCCAUAGAUUCCCUCGGGCUGUGAACAGAACUCCGGUGCACGGCUCUUUUUGCUGUGGUAAAAUUCAAUUCACAGUUGGAGCUAGUAAGUAAAUUUGAAGUUUAUGAUUUGUGCGAUUGGUGUCCGAUUUGGGGCUUUCAUCGCUUCAUUCCCCUCGUACUUCAUGUAAUCGUCGCUGUUGAUGCAGAUCCAAGAUGUUACCGCCACUUGGUUAAUUUUAUUAUCAAUGGAAUAAAAGCAUUUUGUGAUGUUGGAUAAUCACUGAUGAUAGGCGAUCCAAUUUCUCUCUUCAGCGGUACGAUCUCGUUGACGGAUUUCAGGGCAUUUACUAAGUCUAUCUUUCUGCUCUACCAAAAAGCUCCAGUAGCAAUAGUAGCCCUUGUGUAAUAUUAAGUGGUAGUGAGAACAGAAAAGAUGUAAUUGUGAUAUAAUUACACUAAGCGUUCUAAUCAAGCAAUCAAUCAAAGAUAGCCAUCAAA